CUAAGGAGUCCUUAUAAUGUAGCGACAAGUCCUUUGAGUUUGGUAUACUUUAGUUAAAUACUAAAAGAGUUAUUGAUUUAACGUUAAGAUUAGCAGUUUUUUCAGGCCACUUUGAGUGAGUAACUGAAAAGCUGAGGUGAGCAUGUCUUCCUCGCCCGGUAUCCAGCCUCAGGAGUCCAUGGAUGUGGUCUACAUCUCCAUAGAGACAGCCAUCGCCCUGGUGUCGGUGCUGGGGAACAUCCUGGUGGUUCUGGUGGUGUAUGUGAACCGAGCACUUCGGAACACCACAUUCUUCUUCAUCGUGUCUCUGGCUGUGGCUGAUAUUGCUGUUGGGCUUCUAGUCAUCCCUCUGGCAAUAGUCAUCAGUCUGGGACUGAAGACUCAGUUCUACACAUGCCUUUUCCUCUCCUGUUUGCUCCUCAUCAUCACUCAGAGCUCCAUCUUGUCUCUACUGGCCAUUGCCAUCGACCGAUAUCUACGAGUCAAGAUUCCCACCAAGUACAGCUCCGUAGUGACCCAGGAGAAGGCCUGGGCAGCUGUUGGCCUGUGUUGGGUGCUCUCUUUCCUAACGGGCAUGGUGCCAAUGACGGGAUGGAAUAACCGCGGUGCCCUGAGUCACUCCAGUGACAUUCCCUGUACAUUUAUGGGCGUCAUGAGGAUGGACUACAUGGUGUAUUUCAACUUCUUUGGAUGGGUGGUGGUCCCACUGGCCAUUAUGAUUUUUCUCUAUGUGGAGAUUUUUCGAGUAAUAAGAAGGCAGCUCAACAGCCGUGCUGAGGCCACCUGUGAUGCAGAGAGAUACUAUCAGAAAGAGCUGAGGCUGGCCAAGUCUCUAGCUUUAGUGGUCUUUCUCUUCAUCGUGUGCUGGAUGCCAAUACACAUUAUGAACUGCAUCAGCUUCUUUUGCAAAGACUGCAAAAUCCCUACAGUAGCCAUGAAUGUUGGCAUUUUUAUGUCCCAUGUGAACUCAGCAGUCAAUCCCAUGGUUUAUGCCUUUAGGAUAAAGCGCUUCAGAGUUACAUUAAUUGAGAUCACUAGCCGAUGCAUGUUAUGCAGACGCACACAACACACACCUUGUGCUACAGGCACACCAGCAAUUAUAGAGAAGUCCACUGGGAACUUACAAAACAGGGCAGGCAACCUAUGAUAACAAGGGCAAAACAUAAUACAUUAACACUAA